CUUCAGGUGAUAAACAAAGUUGGAAGCAAAGAAAUGCCGUCAUUGCAGAGCUUGGUCAGUGCUGUUCUGGCAUGUUGGGGAAUAAGCACCCGGCUUGAGGGAAGAUAAUUAAAGAAGCUGCAGGGGUGCGAUGGCAGGUGCUGGGCAGCGCAAAGGGAAGAAAGAUGACAACGGCAUCGGCACAGCCAUCGACUUCGUGCUGUCCAACGCCCGGCUGGUGCUGGGUGUGGGUGGAGCCGCCAUGCUGGGCAUUGCCACGCUGGCUGUCAAACGGAUGUACGACCGGGCGAUCAGCGCUCCCAGCAGCCCCACACGCUUGAGCCAGUCGGGAAAGAGAAGCUGGGAAGAGCCAAACUGGCUGGGCUCCUCCUCACGCCUGCUGGCCCAGGACAUGAAGAGUAACCUCAGCCGCUCCCUGCAGACCCUUCCCACCGACCCUUCAGCCGCAGACACAGACUUUUUCCGACCCACAAAGCCGAAGCCAUCUGCCAAGAGGAGCCAAGUGGAGCUGAAAAAAUCCCGCCUUCGUCUGUCUCUGCAAGAAAAGCUCUUUGCUUAUUACCGGAGGAAGGUGGCCAUCCCAGCAGAGGAGCAGGCCCGGGCCAAGCAGGCAGCGGUGGAUAUCUGCGCUGAGCUGCGCAGCUUCCUACGUGCCAAGCUGCCAGACAUGCCCCUGCGUGACAUGUACCUCAGCGGCAGCCUGUACGAUGACCUGCAGGUAGUCACAGCUGACCACAUCCAGCUCAUCGUGCCUCUGAUGCUGGAGCAGAACCUGUGGUCGUGCAUCCCUGGGGAGGAAACCAUCAUGAACAUUCCUGGCUUCUACUUGGUGCGUCGGGAAAACCCAGAGUACUUUCCCCGUGGGAGCAGCUACUGGGACCGCUGUGUGGUGGGAGGUUACCUUUCCCCCAAAGCUGUAGCAGACACCUUUGAGAAAGUUGUAGCUGGCUCCAUCAACUGGCCAGCAAUUGGGACUCUCUUGGAUUAUGUGAUCCGUCCAGCAGCUCCCCCAGCAGAUUUGACACUAGAAGUCCAGUAUGAUCCAGAACGGCAUCUUUUUAUUGACUUCCUACCAUCCCUGACGCUGGGUGACAUCAUCCUUGUGGCCAAACCCCAUCGACUGGCCCAGAAUGACAACCUGUGGAGACUGAGCCUGCGGCCAGCAGAAACGGCUCGGCUGCGAGCCCUGGACCAGUGUGAUUCUGGCUGUCGCUGCUUGUGCCUGAAAAUCUUCAAAGCGAUAUGCAAGUCCAACCCAGCCCUGGGCCACCUCACUGCCAGCCAGCUCACCAAUGUCAUCCUGCACCUCUCCCAGGAGGAGUCCGACUGGUCCCAGGACAUGCUGGCUGAUCGCUUCUUGCAGGCACUGAAGGGGCUGAUCCGCUACCUGGAGGCAGGCGUCCUCCCUAGUGCUCUGAACCCCAAGGUGAACUUAUUCUCAGAGCUCACCCCUGAAGAAGUGGAUGAGUUGGGCUAUACCCUCUACAGCUCUCUGUCAGAACCAGAGGUUUUGCUGCAGACGUAAUGUGGCCUUACCUAAGGAAGUCUUGACAGGGUUUAGCCAAGGUGGACUUGGAUUUCUGCGAAAUAUGUCUCCUCCACUUUUCUCUGUCUGUCUCCUUUCGGUUAUUGUUUCCUGCUGUGGAGUCGGUGCUCCCACUGAAUUUUUUGGUGCUACUGGUCCAUUUCCACCAUCUCUGCCCCGCCUGGUACCCAUUGGUUAGGGAAAAGAGGCUAAAACAGCAGCUCUAAGAUUCUGUUGCAUAAAUUCCGCUGAUGUUUAAGAGUCUACCAGAAAAACAAACCAAACUAUGCACUUCUUUCUCCUGUAGUACACUUACUGCAGCAAGUAUAUUUUGGUCCAAAGAAGGUGGAACUGGGCUGGUAAAUCCAGUGACAGUUUUAGCAGAUUUUCACUGAGGUCCUUUCCUUCAGUCCGUCUAUGCCCCAUGUUGUUUUUUUCUCUGCUGUACCACACUGUCUCUUCCUUUUUUUUUUUUUUUCUGCUUUUUUGUCCCUUUGAUCCAGUCGUGCAGGGCAGACUGAGGUGUUUUGGAUAGGGCUGUUCUUUUUCUUUCUGAGUGGUUAAUGAUUACGCUGGCAGUAUUUAGGGUCAUAGAGCCUGGAAGAGGAGAAUGCCCAAUGGCUCCUUCCCCUAUGGAGCCUUCUCAUCCUUUGCAAGCUGCCUUCAGGAAUGAGGGCUGAGGCUUGUCCAGUCUGCUGCAACACAACCUGCAGCGUGGGCAAUUCUGACUGAAGCUGUCAUAGGGGAAGAAGAUACCCUUGUGGUCUGGUGGUGUGACGAGGCCGAAGGAGCAGGGCUUGCCAUUCCUGCCCAGCCAGAUCUGCUGGGUAUUGCUGGUGGGAAUGGCCCUGGGAAUGGGGAACAGGGCGGCUCCUUGGAUGUCUCUCUCUGGCCUGGAGGAAGAGAGGCUGAUUAUAGAGGAGGGGUGGGAGACACACAUGGGAACGGUCUCUCUUUUUUUUUUUUUUUUAUCUUUUCCGCAAGAGCUUAUGGCUGUUCUGGUUUAUAGGAGGUAGAAGCAAGACUGUGUGUGUGCCUGAAAGGGCUUUGUAAUAAGCACACGUAAGCCAGAUUCUCACCAGCUAUAGGUCUGUGAAGGUGAUAGGACUGACCUGAUGUCAUCAGCAAGGUUCUGUCCCAUAGAAUGAUGUUAGGGUACAUAUGCAGAGCUGGCAUUCAGAGAUACAUUGGUGUUGCCAUCUGUUCUCAGUGUGUGUUUUAGUCCCCUCCCCAGCCACCUCAGAGAGCCUGUCUGUCCCCUUCCUCAUACCCAUGGGCUGACUUUCCAGUGCUCCCAGUUUACAGUGACUCUUAGAAAGCUGGUGAGGGCACACCUUCCCACUCAGUCUGUUUGGACGUGUUGGUACUGCAGUUCUGCCCACUCUGGUUUAUAGUUGCUGUCAAGCCCUUCUCCCCUGGCUGCCCUCCCAUCUGCUGCUUGGACUGCGGUCCGGGUUUUGGGGGGCACCUCCUGCGCUGUUGGUGUCUCCUACACUAGCCAUGUGGACUCUGCAUACUAUUCUGCAUUUAGCCUUCUGGCCUCUGUGUUCAGAACAGGGGAGGGAAGGGGCCGUCCUGAGUCUGGCGCUGUGUCUCUCUCCAAAGACCAGUCUCAUUACAGAUACUUGCCUUUCCCCAGCUUUAGCACGUUUUAUUUUUUUCCCCUUGCCGUCCAGCCUCCCUGGACAAUGGUGAGGGGUACUGUGGCAGCAGAGUUUGGAGGAGCAGGAAUCCUUUUCUCUUUCCUUCCUCUCAGGACCUACUUCUCUUUGACAGAGAAUUUUCAAGGUGAGUUUCAGGAGCAGAACACUGAGGGGAGUCUUUAGCCCUUUUCUUUUUAGAGGCAGUGCUGGUGAGAUGAUGGAGGAAGCAUCUUUCUCAGACAAUCCAUCCAUUUUAGCCAAUGUGUCAGAUAGUAUUCCAUAUACAGUGAUAACACAACAUUGCAUUUUAAAUUAUUUAAUCAUUAGGGUACUGGUAUUUUCUAGACUGCCAGAUGCGUACUUUGAAGUUUGUGUGUGUAUAUAAAGACUGUAGUCUAUAAAACAGAAAUUCUGUUUGUAUGAUUUUGUGUUUUGUAAGUUUUGCAGCAGUCAGUGUUGGUCAGCUGUUGAUUGCGCUACACUCUGGUUCCCAGAUUUUUUCCCCUCUUCCUUUCCCUGUCCUCCACUGCCUUUCUGAUGUCAGCCUUCUUACCCUGAAAGCAGACAGAUGAGACUUGGAGCCUAUACACUAUUGGGGAAAAUUCCCCUGUCUUCUAAUUACUUGAAGGUCAACAAAAAAUAUUAAAAUAUCAGGGUUGUCAGGAGUUCCCCGUAAGUUCAUUCCUUCAGUGUGAUCUCACCCUUACUUGGUGCUGACUCCAAUACCGUGGUCUUCACACAGAACUGAGCAGCAACGUGGUUUGGAAUAAUCAAAACUAUAGAUAUGAAAAAGGUGGGACAUAAGCAAGAAGCCACUGUUUGAGCUGGCUUGAGAGCACUUGUCACAUACAUAUCUGUACAUAGAUUGUUUGUUUAUUUGUUUUUUUACAUGAAUGCUUUUUCUUCCUGGCAACCUAAUGAAUUAAUAUUUUAUGGCCAUUUCUUGCUGCUAUUGAGUUCAAUUGGUGUAUCAAAUGGAGACUGAAGCGGCCUUUUACCUUUUCUGUAGACUGUACUCCACUUUGACUCACUUCCAUCAUUUCUUCCCUUCAGUUUUUUCCCUCCUCUGAGCUAGCAGAGGAGGCAGAUGCUCACUUCCCACAGGCAGCCACCACAGCAGACAACAGCUGCCCUGGCAGUGGCAGUCUCAGCAAAGGCCAAAGAUGUAAUGGGUCACAGAGACACUGCAACUAGGAGUAUUUCAAGAGCAGGGUCAAGCGUAAGGGGCAACAGAGGCAGGGAAGAAGGAGCAGGGUAAGUCUGCAGGAAACUUACAAUCAUGUUGUACCCAGCCUGUGUGUCACACUGUUGCAGGGUCUUUCAAACUGGCACCUUUCAGUAUUAAAUGCAGUACACGUGUUGAUGUACAGCCCGGCGGGCUGUCUUACCUAGAGGUCGGCUCCUUCUGAGUCAAAGCUGUAGCACAGAGCAGGAGGACCUAAAGCUGAAUGUGAAAAGGGCAGCUCCCAGCCACCUUCCUGGCAGAGCAGCUCAGAGACAAAUUGAUUGUAAGAAAGCCCAGCGCGUGUCUUUUAUUGUUUGCUGCCUGGGCUCCAAGAAUGCCUUGGUGUGUCCUGCUAUAGCUUAGCUCACAUGAGCUUCCCGUGAGAUUGUAGUCUUGUUCCUGUUACUGCAGGGCGAGGACCAACUUGUUCAGCAGUGGAGUUUCACUGCUGCUGAGUUCCACAGCUAAUCCUUUAAGUCAGAUGAAUUUCUGUUCUAUGUUUAAAGGCAGUUGUGGAAACAAGAGGCUGCUUUGUGCCUCCUGGCAAGCUGCCAUCAGGGCCCUUGCUCUUAGCACGUGGGUAUUCACGGUGUGAAGCGAAGAGAGGUUGCCCCUCUCUCCCAGGCCUGGAGGCUGUGGAUUUGCAAAGGGGAAAGUCUUAAGCGCAUGGUCUGUGACAGAGUGUGUGAAAUUCUGAAAUAAAAUGACUUUCCACAGUAA